UAAGAAAGUGUUUGUACUGCAAAGUAAUAUAGUACAUCUUUAAAACAGCUGAUCAAAUGGGUUGCUGUAUAAGCAAGAUAGAGUAAGUUGCUUGAAAUACUCUACAAGAAGGUAAAACUUGAAUGGUAAAAGGUAGUAGAAAGAUUACUUGAAGAAAUCAGUGAUUGAGCUGAAUGUAAUUUUUGACUGAGCUCACUGUGAGAUCUGGAAAUGAUGGAUUAGAGUAUUACUGCCAACAGCUUUUUCUCUGAUGCAGAGGUGGCAGAUGCAAAUAUCUAUCUGCUGUAAAGUCACUACAAUUCACAACACAGCCUACUGGUCAUCAGUAUCAUUUCUUAAAUACAACCUUCCAGCGCUGAACACAUUAGCUUCUGCUCCUGCUCUAAGACUGCCUUCUAGACAAACUGGCAAGAUACAGACAAGAUGGGUGGUCUGUGAGAUGGGUAGGAAAUUGGGUCAUCCUCUGCACUCAGAGGCUGGCCGUCAAUGGUUUUUACUCAGGCUGGCAGCCUGUCACAGUUUGGGUCCUGCAGGGAACAUCUUCACAAAUUAUCUGGACCACAGCAUUGACAGCUCCCUCACGGAGUUUGCUGAUGACACUAAACUGGGUGGUGAGGUAGAUGCGUCAGAAAGGAGAGCCAUCUUACAGAGAGACCAGGACUGGCUGGAAGAGCGGGCAAGCAAGAACUGUAUGAAGUUUAACAAGGACAAGUGCAAGGUGCUGCACCUGGGCCAACAUAACCAAAGAGCCCAGUACAGGCUAGGACCUGUGUGGCUGGGGAUCAGCAUUGCUGAAAGGGACCUGGGGGUCCUGGUGGACACCAAGGUGACCAUGAGUCAGCAGUGCCCCCCUGCAGCAACAAAGGCACAUCGGAUCCUGGGCUGCAUCCACAGGGGCAGAGAUAGAGAUGGGAUCAUCCCACUCUACUCAUGCUUGUCAAGCUGCACCUGGAGUACCGUGUCCAGUUCUGGCCCCCACAAUUCAAGAAAGAUGUGGGCAGACUGGAGAGGGUCCAAAGGAGGGCCACAAAGAUGAUCAGAGGACUGGAGAACCUGAAGAAGAGAAGAGAGAAGAGAAGGCAAGGCUUGGGGGGACCUCAUCACAGUACUCCAGUACUUGAAGGGCAGCUACAAAGAGGAUGGAGGCUCUCCCUUCAGAAGGAGCCAUGUGGAAAGGACAAGGGGAAAUGGGUAAUAGUUGCAUGGGGAGAGGUUUCAUCUCAACAUAAAAAAGACAUUUUUACAGUGGGAACAACCAAUCAGUGGCACAACUUCCCCAGGGAUGUGGUGGAGUCCCCAUCGCUGGAGGUUUUC